AUGGCAUCCUCACCUGCUACCUCUUUGCGCCGCAGCCAUGGCUCGUCCGGAGCCUCAUCCGGACAAUUGCACCCACAAUCAGCCUCCCAAUCUCGGAACUCAAACUCAUCACGGUCGCGAUCCUUCACACAUCAAGAUGCCGACUCCAGCGCGGACUCCAUCUCCAUCGACACUCUCGUCGACUAUCUCUUCCUCGCCAAACGAUCGCUUUCCUCCAUGACCCUUGUUUUGCGCGCCCACGAUAUCGCGAACGAUGCUCGGCAAUCACAUGAAGAUAUCGCCGUCUUAGCUGCCCAGUCGGGCUUCCUACGAACGUCUACUCUCGACCAGGCGGCGAUACUGGUUCGAGUGCGUAGGAGUUUACAAAGCACUUAUGCUUGGGGAAAGAAAGACUUUAAGAAGCUGGUGAAGUCGAUGGAUUUGGUUGAUGGAGAGCUGGAACACACCAUGGAAAUGCUUCGCGAUACAGGAGUCGAGGGUGUUUUCCGACCCAAGGGCGAGGAAAGACGAAGCCUUCUCGAUUUUAUUGAUGAAGGCGGUGUACACGGCGUGCGGGAGGCUAUGAAGAAGAGCAUACAGGAGCUUCAGGCCAUUCAGCAGUCCUUUGACGGCGACUUACUCCGCCUGGAUACCGACAUUCGCAAUUUGAAGAACAUCAUUAUCGAUACCCCAAGCUUAAUAGGCGACAUCCGGGAUGGUAGCAAUCCGCCCUCUGCCGAGCUACUUGAGAGCUUGUUCGACCACUCAGCCAAUAUGGCCCAUUUAUUGGCCUCUCUGACGCAUCACUUCGACAUGUGCGUUACCGCCGUCCGUACGACAGAAGGUGGCGUCGCUCUCGCCCGUCGUAGAGCCGCCGAAGCCACACAGUCUCAAGGGAGCGACGGCGUCUCUAUUUCAGGCGUCAUCGCCGAGCAAGAGUCUAACGUGCCAGACCUCGAGCCGAAGACGGUUAAGGAUCGGGCUGAGAUGCUAAAAGUCGUUGUGCAAGAUGCAGCCGAGGUAGACGACGUCGUCCAGGAGAUACAGGAACGCCUCGCGGCGAUGGAGCAGGAAUAUAUCGUGCUGCAGGAUCAACAAGAGACCUCGGAGCGGGCCUACUCGGGUAUGGUGAUGGCAUAUGUCAUGCUCCAAGAGAUUGGCGAUCGACUCGCCGACUACGUCGCCGCCGAGGGAGACUUCAAAACACGGUGGGAUAUGGAGAAAGAGAGCAUUUUCGCCAAGCUGCAAGAAAUGCAGCAACUCAAGGAAUUCUAUGAGCGCUACGCAAGCGCCUACGACAGUCUUAUUCUCGAAGUCGAGCGCCGUCGCGCCGUAGACGAUCGGGUCCGCAGUAUCUGGCGCAAAGCCCAAGAGAGCGCCAACAAACUUCUCGACGCCGACCGCGAAUCCCGUGACACGUUCCGACAAGACGUGGGUGAAUUUCUACCAACGGAUCUUUGGGCAGGAAUGCAAGGAUCCGCGAGGAAAUGGGCAGUUGUUCCUGAUGGUGAAGAGGGAGAUGUGCCGGGACCGGCGCUGCGGAAGAGUGUUGUCGAGGCGGCCAAGGAGCGGCUUGCGAAAGCAGAGAGGCGGUAG